AUGAUCAAUUCAAAUAAUGAAGAUCGUCCGCGGAAGCAAGCGGGAGUACGUGCAUGUGGCUAUGAUGCCAUAUUGGGACACGACCCCAAAUUGGAACACGAUCCCAAAUUGGAACACGACCCCAUAUUGGGACACGAUCCCAAAUUGGAACACGACCCCAAAUUGGAACACGACCCCAAAUUGGAACACGACCCCAAAUUGGAACACGACCCCAAAUUGGAACACGACACCAAAUUGGAACACGACACCAAGCAAGCACAUGUGGCUCCUACUUUUUAG